AUGACAUCUUACCCCACCACGCAUAAGCAAAUAAUCAGUCGGUUUAUCAUGAAGUUGGGUGUUCCAGCUAGCGCAUUUGCACCAAAUUGUCGCUCAGCUUCAAGCGCAAAGAACUUAGGCGUCAACUUUGUCAAGGGUACAGAAAACAUGCUCAAGACUACCGAAUUUUCUGGCGCUUUGAUGAGCUACCUCGAGAACCCAGUUGCUGCUGAUACUCUACUCAUACAAACUCAAAAGCAUGGCCGCAAGAACGAUGACAACAAGAAAGCUAAGGCUCGUCAGGGAACCCCUCUUGAGAUCCUUACAGAGAUGAGGAUUUGGUUACCGCAGAUCAUCGCCAGAGUCGAAAUACCGUAUAUCAAGCUUAUACGCCAAUGCAGCCUGUUACUAUUACGUAUUCGGGAAGCUUUAAACGAGGAACUUGGGAUGGACAACAAGAACGGUCUUGUCGACUGUGCUGAAGCCAACCCGAAAGAGAAUGUUCUGACGGUUUUGCGGAUUCUGGGCGAGGCUUACGGGAUAGAACUCUGGUCGGACAAUGCACGCCGCAAUAUACUUGGCAACACAUCUAUACAGCUAGAAACACCUCAAUUGCUUAUAGCCGCUCGAGUUACACGAGAAUUCCUUGUAAAUAUUGUAAAAGAGGAACCUAUCAAAGCGUUUGAUGUUCCCGAGGCGUUGCAACUGAAACGUGAGUUGAGCCAAAAAGGACAAGAUCUGCAGAGGAGAUAUAUGGCAGGCGACCAGAGUGCAAGAAGUUAUCGACGGAUUGAGAAGGCAUUUUCGGAGGCUUCAAUAUAG